UUGAUACUGUAUCAUUCAAGUUUAUGAUCCUAGUGAAUACAAGAACAUGGCCAUGAAGUUUGUUGCCAUUUCGGCUGUUCUGGCUCUUAUGGGAGUUCAGUAUGCAUCAACACACCAUGCUCAUAGCUUCUCUCACUUCCAUGGACCAGUUGAGGGACCACAUCACGAAAUUUCAGUUCAUGACAAACACGGGCAUCAUCACAUUGAUUAUGUAGCUCAUCCCAAAUAUGAAUUUUCUUAUGGCGUUGAAGAUCAUCACACUGGCGAUUUUCAUGGACAGAAAGAAUACCGCGACGGAAAGGAUGUUCAUGGUGAAUACACUAUCAAGGAACCAGGUGGCAAUGUCAGAAGUGUUAAAUAUCAUGCUGAUCCUCAUGGUGGAUUUUUUGCUCAUGUGCAUAACUCAGGAGGCAAUGAUCAUUCAGGCGGCACCUAUGGUGGUCACGGUCAUCACGGUUAUUAACGAUUUUCUAAAAGAUGUUUUAAAAAGAAAUAACGUAUUACUUAAAAUACUCAUUUCUGAAUACAUUGUUACUUUUUUCUGUUUCGUUUGUACGUAAAAUACAUAUUUGUUUGUGAUUAUUAAAUAUAAAUUGUUAAUUUUUAUUUCCUA